GAAACGGCUGUGUCAGGUCCCGUAUUUCCGCUCUGUUUUUGGUUCCUAGCUACCAGUCGUCCUGUUAGCCUCUGUUAGCCUCUGUUAGCCUGUUAGCUCCGAGUUUAACCGCCUAAAGUCUGUAAAAAACAGUAACAUGACUCCACACUGAGUCCGCUGCAUGCUAGCUGUUAGCUGCUUGCUCCUCUAGCGGUAUAUACCCUGUACAGCGCAGCUAACGGAGCAUGCUAACCGGUUAGCUGCUUCUGAUGAAGAGGAAACGUUAGCAUGCUGCGGAGUCAAUAACAGUUGUCUGUGAGAAGAAGUCUUUCUUUCCUCCCUUGGGCUCUGUCGUGAUUGGCUGAGAGGUUUCCCUGGUUGUGAUCUGAUUGGCUGAGAGUAGCCAUGCUGACCUAGGUUCAGCUGUUAGUCAGUUUCCUGUGUGUGUGCGGAGCAACGCAGCGACUCAUCAUGUCUGAGAACCAGCCCAACAACAACAACGUCCCCCUGAACAACAACAACAACAACAACAUGGGCCCCAACCGGCUCCGCAACCCCAACAUCAACCAGAACCCGCUGAUCAACGUCCGGGACCGCCUCUUCCACGCGCUCUUCUUCAAGAUGGCCGUCACCUACGCCCGCCUCUUCCCGCCGUCCUUCAGGAGGGUCUUCGAGUUCUUCGUCCUGCUGAAGGCGCUCUUCGUCCUCUUCAUCCUCGCCUACAUCCACAUUGCCUUCUCUCGCUCGCCCAUCGACUGCCUGGAGGCGGUGAGGGAGCGCUGGCCGCGGGAUGGCAUCCUGCGGGUGGAGAUCCAGAGGAACUCCAGCCGCGCGUCCGUCUUCCUGCAGCACUACGACGCCACCGCCGGUCUGCAGGAGGCGCUGGGGGGCGGGGGAGGGCUGGGGGCGGGGCUUAGCCUGGCGGCGCUGCAGGACGAAGACGAGGAAGAAGAGGAGAUGACCAUGGAAAUGUUCGACAACAGCUCUGUACAGUUUGACCUGGACAUGGAGCCCCGUCUGAAGCCGUCUCUGAUCGGAGGAGGCGUCGGCGGGGGGGGGGGAGGCCUCGGCGGGGGGAGAGCCGCAGCAGGAGGGAACAGCAGUCAGGACGUGUCCUUCAGUCAGACCACUAAAGGUAUGGAGACGCUGGACGACUCAGUGUCUGAGCUGGAGAUGAUGACCCGAGCAGUGUGGCCGCAGGAGGAAUACAUGGUGGAGUAUUCUCUGGAGUAUGGCUUCCUCCGCCUGUCUCAGAGCACCAGACAGAGACUCAACAUCCCCGUCAUGGUCGUUACUCUGGAUCCCAUGAAGGACGAGUGUUUCGGUGACGGAUUCAGUCGCUUCCUGCUAGACGAGUUUUUGGGCUACGACGACAUCCUGAUGUCCAGUGUGAAGGCGCUCGCUGAGAACGAGGAGAACAAAGGGUUCCUGAGGAACGUGGUGUCUGGAGAACAUUACCGCUUCGUCAGCAUGUGGAUGGCCCGGACGUCGUACCUUGCCGCCUUCGUCAUCAUGGUCAUCUUUACUCUAUCCGUGUCCAUGCUGCUAAGAUAUUCUCACCACCAGAUCUUCGUUUUCAUCGUGGAUCUUCUUCAGAUGCUGGAGAUGAACAUGACCAUCGCCUUCCCAGCAGCCCCUCUGCUCACCGUCAUCCUGGCCCUCGUUGGCAUGGAGGCCAUCAUGUCGGAGUUUUUCAACGACACAACAACAGCAUUCUACAUCAUCCUCAUCGUGUGGCUGGCCGAUCAGUACGACGCCAUCUGCUGCCACACCAACACCAGCAAACGCCACUGGCUCAGGUUCUUUUAUCUUUACCACUUUGCCUUCUACGCCUAUCACUACCGCUUCAACGGCCAGUACAGCAGCCUGGCGCUGGUCACAUCCUGGCUCUUCAUCCAGCACUCUAUGAUUUACUUCUUCCACCACUAUGAGCUUCCUGCCAUCCUGCAGCAGAUCCGGAUUCAGGAGAUGCUUCUGCAGAACCAACAGGCGGGUCAGCAGGCGGGUCAGCAGGCGGGUCAGCCGGCAGGUCAGCCGGCGGGUCAGCAGGCAGGUCAGCAGGCGGGUCAGCCGGCGGGUCAGCAGGCGGGUCAGCAGGCGGGUCGGCAGGCGGGUCAGCAGCCGGGUCAGCAGGCGGGUCAGCCGGCGGGUCAGCCGGCGGGUCAGCCGGCAGGUCAGCCGGCGGGUCAGCAGGCGGGUCGGCAGGCGGGUCUGCCGGCAGGUCAGCCGGCGUGUCAGCCGGCAGGCCGGCCGGCGGGUCGGCCGGCAGGUCAGAAAGCGGGCCAGCCAGUAGGUCAGCCGGCGGGUCAGCAGGCGGGUCAGCCAGCCAACAACCAGGCACAAGUUCUGCAGGACAACCUCAACAACAACGCUGCCACAACAUCUGCUGGCACUGAACCAGGACCGGAGAACAUGGAUCCAAAUGCCGCCCCGCAGACGCAGCACAGCGAGCCAAACGCCAGGCCGCCUGCAGGAGCUGGAGAGGUGAGGGCAGAGCUGAACUGGGUGUCUCAGACGGCGGCCAUCUUUACCGAAGCCCUGAGCCCCGCCGAAGACGACGCGGGUGUGGUGGCGGAGGCCUGGAUAGACGGAGGAGAACAGGGAGGAGACAGAAGAGGAGGACGGGGGGAAAUAGGAGGAGAAGAGAGAGACAGAGACAGACAGAGCGAAACAGUAGAAGAAAGCGCAGAAAAAGGAGCAGGAGUUGAAGAUUUGAAUGUUAUUUCAGUAGAAAUUAAAGCCACAGGAGGAGAUCCUCCAAUCAGAGUGCGGGAGGGGGCUGAGGGGGCGGGGCCCUGUCUAAACACAGACUGCACAGGUACAGACUGCAGAGCGCCGUCCUGAGAGUCUGUCAGCUUAUCAGGGCUCUGGUCUUUGAUUGGACCAGCACUGAACACACCGGAGGGACUGUUUCCUGGAUGAGUAGUUCUGUCUCUGAGAUGUGGAUCCGUGUCCCCAAAGCCAAGAGAACGUCUUCACAUCUUAUGUCCACAACUCCGAGAUAUUCAGCUUCCUUUAGCUAUUUAUAUUCAAAUAAUCUGCGUAAUGUGGGUGUGCUGAUCAAACCUUAAAUUAAUGAUAAAACCUGUGAUGCUCAGACUCGUCUGUCAAAGGGAAUCAAAGAAAUCUUCAUUAUGAAAAAGAAUCAAACUGUUUUCAACGAAGAUUUUCUACAGAUUUAAAACAAAUAUAAUAAAACUCACAAUGUAACAUCUCCACCCCGAGCAGAAAAACUGCUAAUUUCUGCUAAAGUCUGCUAAUUUCUGCCAGAUUCUUUUAAUUUCUGCAGAUUUUCGUUGUGUUUCAUGGCUGAAGACAGUUUGUUGGGAUUUGUUGUUGUUCCUGGUUUUGUGACACGGAAACAAAGAAAUGAUAACUGUUAAAUGAUUCAUUAUAUGAAAGACAUGAUGGAUCCGCCCUGACUCUGACAGACUGAAGCACAAACUCUCAACUGUGUUGAUUUGUUUUCAUAUGCUUUUAUUUUGAAAAGGACAGACUAUUUGGGAACAGGAAGUCGUUUUUGAUCAAAAUGGAUGCCUUAUCAAUAAUCCUUUGGACGCUUCGGAGACUGCAGCAGCUGACGGAUGCAGCUGAUUGGUUGUGCAAUAUGGCGCUGGCUGUGUCACACCUCAGGCCCCGCCCCCUGCCAGAGGGCUCUUUACAUGUCUGCCGGUGCAUUCAGGUGCUCCUUGUAAAUUUCAGCAUUGACUAUCUCACUUCAGACAUUAUUUUCUCCUUUUUAAAUCUGUUUAUUCAAACUGAUAACUAAUUAAAAGCAUAAGGUUCAAUUCAGU